AGGCAUCUGAUUUAUGUGUUCACAAGCAUACCACGACCGUGAUGUCCAUUCAUUUCAGUCGCACAAUCAGGUAGGCCUUCGUCAAUAUUUAAUGAUUUCAGGCGUAUUUAUUCAAGAGGCAAUUGAUGUGCAAAGUUGUGCAGGCACACGUCCUCAGUGAUUCGAUUUAUGCUGGUGCUGCUCUUUGAUGUGAACAUUAAGAUUGAAGCCAUAUUAGCCUCGAAUAGCAGUAUCUAAGUAAAAGAAGUCAUUAGAUAAAACUAGUAUUGUAAGCAGACCAAAAUGGCGGGCAUCGACAGCGAGUAUUCAUUCUCUUUGACGACGUUCACACAGGGAGGUAAGCUCAUCCAGAUCGAGUAUGCCUUGAACGCCGUGAAUAACGGAGUCUCAGCUUUGGGAAUCAAGGCGAAGGAUGGAGUAGUCCUAGCAACCGAAAAGAGGCUGCAUUCACCGCUCAUGGAUCCGCAAACGUUCAAGAAAAUCGAGAACAUAAGCUCAGGGGUAAUAAAUACAUUCAUAGAUUUAGUAUUUUCUCUAGUGCUUUGCCUUUCUAGUACCUUGAUGUUGACCUGGGUAGUCGUGCCAAGGCCAAGAAUGCGGAAGAGUCAACCGGAACCGCGUAGAAUCCCAUAUCAAAUUAUGUUUUUGUAUUGGUCAAAUUGAUUGAAAAAUCCAAUCAGGUUGGAGUAGUCUAUGCAGGAAUGGCACCCGACUACCGAGUCCUCGUACGACAAGGGAGAAAGCGAGCCGUUAAUUACAAGGGUACAUAUAUUAUAUAAUAUUGUAAAUCUCUAGUAAUAUCGUUUUUACCUCUAGCGUGUAGCCCCUUCAAACAAUAUAUAAUAUUGUAAAUGUAGUUGUAGACGAGUCCCAGUUUCUUGUUGUUAGAUUCAAUCUUGUUCUUGAUUUUCUUUCUGAACUACAGAUGCCCGUCCUUCUCCUUUCCUGCAAGAAUCCUCAACUCGUUUUCUCCUAUCGCUACAGCAACCUACGGCGAAGACGUCCCUUGUGCGCAGGCAACAAGAGAACUCGCAAAUAUUAUGCAAGAAUUCACACAAAGCGGCGGCGUUAGGCCAUUUGGCGUCUCAAUGAUGGUUGCAGGGUAUCACUCGUUAGUUCUGUGAUUGUGAUCAACUGGCAAAUGACAUUGCUUGUGUCUUGCCUUCGCGCCUUUAGGUUUUGUUUCUCUAGAGUGAAUUGGCAUCACUUCUGAUAAUGAUAUGAUUGACAUCAAUAUCUUCUUCAGAACAAGAACAAGAGGCAGAAAAAUAUCCUUUCCUCAGGUACGACAAAUCAACAAAGACACCGCAAUUGUUUCAAGUAGAUCCUUCGGGAACGUUUUUCGGAUGGAAAGCGAGCGCAAUUGGUACUCCACCCUAGUAGAUGAACAAAUCCCUUUUCUUUCCGUUCUACGAACUCCUGCUUGAGUACCGAGAUGCAUGAUGAUGAGCCAACAUUUUUCUCAUGACGGAAUCUAAUUACUCAAGAAUUGGAUAAGAUGUUACUUGUAAAUGUAAGUAAAUCAUCAAUAUCAUGAAAAUUUCCUUCGUUCGUCUUCCAUCUUCCAGGCAAGAAUUACCAAAGUAUGAAAGCGUUUUUGGAGAAGCGAUAUCGAGAGGAUUUGCCACUCCAGGACGCUAUUCAUGUCGCAAUUUUGACUUUGAGGGAGAAUGCAGAGGGCGCGCUCACCAACGAGAACAUUGAAAUUGGUAUAGUUGACGAAAAGGACGGCGUUUUCCGUCUCCUUACACCUGCGGAAGUCCAGGAUUACCUGGAAGAGGUACAACACAUACACCAUCCUCUAAUUAACUCUACGUUUUAAAUAAUGCCUCUUUGUUUAUGUCUUGUACCAAACUAUUUUGUUUCGUGGGGACUCUGUUGGAGUUGGAACGAUUUCGCUCGCGUCAUGUUGUUGAUUGAAAGCAGGCAACUAUCAUCUGAACAGAAAAGAGUGGCAUCUUCAUCUUCUCGUUAAAUCCAAUACAAGAUUCAAAAUGAUCUCCACUACAGGCCGAAUAGACGCUGCCGCCAGUUCGCGAAUGCCACGGCUUUGGCCGCACAUGUUCCAUGACUUUCCCGGGUCACGCAAAACUUCAUUCCCGCUAAGAUAACCCCGCUUGUUCCCCAAGAUCAUUACAAGAUUCUUUUCAUCUCGUUCAUAGUACAGGUUUUUUCAUCCAAUGACUUUUUAUGCUGCUUCUCCUAUCGUCCUGCUCCAAACCCUAACCCCAGGACAGGGAGGACAGUCAAUUCUUGUUCUCAUGAAUGUCAACGAGAAGCGUCUAGCACAGCCGCGGCAUACGACUACCGCACUCGCAUCUUCAUGAUGGGCAUACAAUUACAACCAAAGAAAUAUCAUGUUUGUAAAACAGCAUGGUGGUCGUUCUACAGCGGCAACGAACUUGGUGUUUGCCCACAAUGAAUUGACCGUAGUUAGUGUGGUAUCGUAGACUUCGUAGUUGAGAGUGUCGUGUAGCGAAAUAUAUAAGAUGAAAAACGAGUAGAAGGGCCAUCU